AUGGAGUCGUCAGAUGAGUAUAAAAACCAAUGGAGUGGCCUUGCGCAGCCUUUAGCAGUUGAUGUAUUGGCCAAGAUACAACAUGGACUAGAGUGUCCUGUUUGCGCAGAGAUGAUGUAUGUUCCAUUCACUUGUCAAUGUGGACACACUUUUUGCUACGGGUGCAUUGAUUCUUGGUUUGAUACCAAGAUGAACUGUCCAACGUGUCGAACAGAUAUGGAACAACCACCAGUGGUAAAUAUAGCCCUUCGAGAGAUCGUGGCAACCAUGGUGAACCUUGCAAUUGAUAUGGAGAAUAAUGAGGAUCGAAAGAAUAAACUUAUCCGAGCGAAGGAAAAUGCGUUGGAAGGGUAUAAUCGAGUUACGGAUCAGGGGAGUGAUAUAUUUGGAAGUAAGUUCAAGAAUACAACAGUUACAUUAAUUGAUAGUUCCGACGGAGUUGCCAGAUGUGGAAAUUGUCACUGGGAAGCUCAUGGGGAUAGAUGUCUUAACUGUGGUACACGAUUCCGAUUACCUCGAGAUGAUGAUUAUUACGAUACUGAUGAUGAUGAUUCUGACGAUCAAGAACAAUUUACGGUGAAUGGAAUAGGCGAUGGAAUAGACAGCGAGGACUCGUUUGUGGUAUACACAGAUGAAGAAAAUGAACAUGGAAUGGGGGAAUCUGAACAAGAUGCUAUAGUUUUAAAUGAAUAUGAUGAUGAUGAUUUCCAUAGUGUUAAUAGCAGUGUGGAUAGUGUACAGUUUGAAGGUUUCAGUGAUACAGAUCCAGAUCUUCAUUUCCAAAAUCAUCAUCAUUUGCAUAAUCGUCAUCACAAUUUACAAGGGGAUGACUCUAUGUGGCCAGAAGAAGCAUCUGGUAGAAACAAUUCUCUGUCGAGUCUUGCAAGGGCAGUUGAGUAUUUCCACAACCAAUCAGAGUUACUGGAAACUGGAUCUCGGGAGUCGCCGUGA